CUUCUAGCCUUCAGCGCCUCCAAAACUGAGAACUAUUUUAUUCUGCCAUACAUAAUUGCUCAAAUCUAAACCCCAAAUACCCGGUUCAUAGAGCAAUUAGUAUGCGUUGAACUACAUCGAGUUCAAUGGUGGAUCAAAUCAAAGUCCCAAAUGAAUGGCAAGAAUUCCAAUGCGAGACCUUUUACAAAUCAGAUUAAUAAACACCAUUCUUAGUGCCCAUCACCACAGCUCUUCAAUUCUGAUUACUCCCCAGCAAAACAAUCACUUCUUAAUUACUCCCCAGCAAAACAAUCACUUCUUAUCAUCUCUAUUUUUAUCAUCAUAUUCUUCUUUGCCAUAUGUUGGAAAAGAUAGACCAAUUUCUAUUUAUCACCCAAGUAUUGAACUUCUCAAAUCAUGUCAAAACACAAAACAUCUCCUUCAAAUUCAAUCAAAGUUGAUUACUUGUGGGCUCUUUCCCUUUUGGGCUGCUAGACUUUUGAAAUACUAUUCGGACUUUGGUCAUAUUCAUCACACUAGUUUGGUCUUUAAUUACAUUGAUUCUCCAGGUACUUUUUGUGUCAAUAAUGUUAUUAAGGCUUAUUCAGUUAGUUCAAAACCGCAACAAGCUGUGGUUUUUUAUUUCGAUAUGCUAAAAAAUGGGUUUUUACCUAAUAGUUACACUUUUGUUUCACUCUUUGGUGCUUGUGCGAAAAUGGGUUGUCUUCAAUCUGGGCAAAAGUGUCAUGGCCAAGUUUUGAAGAAUGGGGUUGAUUGCAUUUUGCCAGUACAGAACUCAUUGAUUCAUUUUUAUGGCUGUUGUGGGUUAGUGGAACUUGCUAGGAAGGUGUUCGAUGAAAUGUCUCAAGCGGAUUUAGUGUCUUGGAAUUCAAUUGUUAAUGCGUAUGCCAACGUUGGUGAAUUGGAUACUGCUCAUGAUAUUUUUAAUAUAAUGCUGGGGAAAACUGUUGUUUCCUGGAAUGUCAUGAUUUAUGGGUACUUAAAGGGUAAUAACCCUGGGUGUUCAUUGAUGCUAUUCAGGAAAAUGGUGAAUAGUGGUCUGCGAGGAAACGAUAAGACUAUGGUAAGUGUGCUUAGUGCUUGCGGCAAGUCAGCUAGGCUAACAGAAGGACGUUCGAUUCAUGGAUUUCUUAUCAGGACAUCCCUGAACUUCAGUGUAAUUCUUUUGACAUCUUUGAUGGAUAUGUAUAGCAAAUGCCAGAAGGUGAAACUUGCACGGAGUAUUUUUGAUAGCAUGGUUCAUAGGAAUUUGAUUUGCUGGAACGCAAUGAUUUUGGGUCAUUGCAUUCAUGGAAAACCAGCAGAUGGACUUGAUCUAUUUGCAGAAAUGGUAAAUUCAACAGGAGAAACUAUCCUUCCGGAUGAAGUUACUUACAUAGGGGUUAUAAGUGCUUGUGCUCGAGCAGGAUUAUUGACAGAGGGCAGAAAAUUUUUCAGCCAAAUGAUGGACAAGUAUACUAUAAAGCCAAAUUUUGCUCAUUAUUGGUGCAUGGCCAAUCUUUAUGCAGGUGUGGGGCUAAUUCAAGAGGCAGAAAACAUAUUAGUAGAAAUGCCAAAGGAUGAUGAGAAUAUUUCAUCAGAAUCCUUGACCUGGGCUAAUUUGCUUAGCUCAUGCCGUUUCCAAGCGGAUGCUACUUUGGGGGAAAGAAUUGCGAAAUCACUGAUUGAUAUGGAACCUCAGAAUUUCUUGCACUAUCGGUUGUUACUGAAUAUCUAUGCUGUGACAGGAAAAUGGGAUGAUGUUGCCAGGGUAAGAGGGCUGGUGAAAGAAAGAAGGCUGGGAAGAAUACCAGGCUGUCACCUUGUGGACUUGAAAGAAAUUGUUCACACAUACAGAGUGGGACAUCUCUGGCAAGAAGGGAAUGGUGAAACCAACAUGAUGAUAGAUGAAGUUGCGGAAAGUCCAAGUAUGUGAAUUGCUGGUUCAGAACAGCAACUACUGAACAAAUUGUAGGCUGCAACAUAGCCUCCGAUGCUAUUGCAGGUGAGGAAGGUACGAAUCCCUCUGCCAGGGCCUUUCCUGAUAUGCACCUGCUCAUUUUCAUCAUGGAGAAUGUUCUAAUGAGAGUUUUGUAGUUGAUUGACAUGAAUAGGGAUAGGUCAUUUUAGAACUUCAUACAAAUGCAUGUCAAAUAGAAGUUUCGCAGAACAAGAUCUUUAAUGAGUUGGAAUUUCAACCACAUGAUCUUGAUUGGUGAUUGAUAUAUAGUAACAAUUGAACUGUCGGAGAUUGGCUAUUACUAACAAGAUCAGUUCUGAGUCAUGCCAGUUUUGACUU